GAUAAAAAAUGGAUUCUCAAUCAUGAAGACGUCAUUCUGGGAGAAUUACUUGGCAAAGGUAACUUUGGUGAAGUCUAUAAAGGAACAUUAAAAGAUAAAACGCCUGUUGCUGUAAAAACAUGUAAAGAAGAUCUUCCUCAAGAACUGAAAAUAAAGUUUUUAUCAGAGGCCAGAAUACUCAAACAAUAUGAUCAUCCCAAUAUCGUAAAACUUAUAGGAGUAUGUACUCAAAGGCAGCCUAUUUAUAUUGUGAUGGAGCUUGUUCCAG